AUGGCAUCUUGCGGAAUUUGCACCGCAGAUGAAGCUCUUGAUCAACAGAUUGAAAGAUUUUGGCGAUUAGAAGAAACAACUGCAGCUACAGACAAUAAUUUCACUCAGGCCGAGAAACGAUGCGAGACUCACUUCAUUCAAACAACCACUAGAGACUCCAUUGGUCGAUUUGUGGUUUGGUUGCCCUUCAAAGAGGCACCUACUUGCUUGGGAGAAUCAAAGGAUAUUGCGUUUCGAAGAUUUAUUGCUCUUGAACGAAGACUUGCGAAUUCACCAGACUUAAAAAAGCUAUACAAACAAUUUAUAGAAGAAUAUCUGCAAUUAGGUCAUAUGCAAGAAGUAUCCCUUUCUCAAAUUGCCAAACCAUAUUACUUUUUGCCGCAUCACUGCAUUCAAAAGCCAGACAGCAGCACUACUAAGCUAAGAGUAGUAUUUGAUGCAUCUGCCAAAACAUCCACAAACCUGUCACUUUAUGAUAUUCUCUCCACUGGUCCAACCAUUCAAGAUGAUGUCUUUUCAAUGCUGCUACGAUUCCGCAUGCCAAGAUAUGUGUUUACAACAGAUAUCGAAAAGAUUUACCGGCAGGAACUAAUAAACGAAGAAGAUCAGCAGUUUCAGUUGAUUUGGUGGAGAAGCAGCUCAAAUGAUGCCUUGAAGUGUUUUAAGCUUCAGACAGUUACCUACGGCACCACUUCAGCAUCAUACCUAGCCACAAAGUGCCUUCAAGCAUUGGCCCAAGAUAACAAGAAACGAUUUCCAUUGGGAUCAACGGCACUGUUACGAAGCUUUUAUGUAGAUGACGUAUUAACUGGCUCGGACAAAAUUGCCGAGCUGAUGACAACCCCAUCGGAAUGGCAAACAAUUUUGCAACAGGGUAGUUUUAAGUUAAGAAAGUGGUGCGCUAAUCAUGCAUCUAUUUUGAAAGGCAUUCUGCUCGAGGACAGAGAAACGGAGCUUGACUUCAGCAGCAAUGUUGAUGAACACAUCAAGACAGUAGGACUCACGUGGAUGCCAAAAUCUGAUCAACUCUGUGUCAAGACAUCCUGGAUUGAGAAGGUUCGAGCUACCAAACGAUCUGCAUAUUCCGACAUCGCACAUCUAUUUGAUCCAUUGGGGAUUAAGGCUCCGGUGUCGGUCGUCGCAAAAAUAUUUCUCCAGAAACUGUGGGAAUUGAAGCUUGACUGGGACGCAACAUUACCUCAAGAAAUGCAGACGACAUGGCUCAAAUAUCGUAAAGGCCUACAAUCACUGAACAACAUCAAAAUCGAUAGGCACAUAUUUUCUCAUAGAAGCCCGAAAAACAUACAAUAUCACAUUUUUGCUGACGCUUCGGAGAAGGCCUAUGGAGCAGCAGUAUACGUCCGAUCUGUUAACAGUGACAACAGUAUCACAGUACUACUAUUGUGUUCUAAAUCAAGAGUAGCACCAUCAAAACAAACAAAAUUAGCACAGCAAGCAACUAUUCCACGACUAGAGUUAUGUGCCGCUUGUCUUGCAACUGAGCUCCUGCUUCGUUUGCAAAAGGACCUUAAGAUUCAUAAUGAAGCAACAUUUUUAUGGACAGACUCAGAAAUAGUUUUUGCUUAG